GCAGUUCUGUCAAACUUUUAAAGAGAAGGUCAGAUUCUGACACUUCGGUUAGUUUUUUUUUCAUUUGAGAGGAAAUCGGCAUCGCGGGAUCAUUGUACUCUUUGCAACUUGCUCUUCACUUUGAGAGCCUGUACGUUAAUCAGUUGGUUACAACGGUUUCAAACGAAUUCUUUAUUUCCCAAAUGGCAGGCGAGAUGUAAAGUUGGAUUUAUAUGAACGCGCAUUUUGAAAUUAAGAUUAGAACACUUGAUGCUCAUCACCUGAUAUUGAUCAUCUUACUCUAUUCACCCGACACUGGUCACCCGAAGCUGGUCACUUGAUCAAAUCAAGAUGAUAAACUUUGCGUUUCGGCGUCUCCUGUUCUCGGGUGCGUCACUGGUUCUCUUGGCAAUGCUGCUCGUCCCUGUCCCGACCAAGGCCCAGUACUGUACCUCACGGGGAUGCUGCCCGGGGAGAGACGAUGAAUGCACCGCUCGAUACUAUGAUACCCUCUGCUACUGCGAUGUUUUCUGUAAUAUGACAGCUAUGGAUUGUUGCCCUGAUUUUUGGUACUACUGCAUGGGGGCGCCACGCCCAACUCUACCGCCAACCGAAGGGCCGAAAUACGAUUACUGCAUUUUCAACGGGGUCAUUUAUAAUCCUGGAACAUCUAUUAAACGCAAUUGCAAUACAUGUGUAUGUAGGCUUAGCUACGACGGUGACGCUGAAUUCGUGUGCGAGGAUAAUCCAUGUCUCGUCGAUCCAAUCACAAUAGAUGACGUCAACGACGACUAUUACGUCGGAUGGAGAGCAAGCAAUUAUUCAUUUCUAUGGGGGUUGACCCAAUCAGAGGGAGUUCUGUACCGUCUUGGAACGUUCCCUCCUGGUCGAGCCGUCUCACAGAUGGUUGAGGUUAUCAUUAACCCAGAGGGCGCACUCCCUGAACAAUUCGACUCGAGAGAAAACUGGCCUGGACUCAUCGGCGAGGUCGUUGAUCAGGGUAACUGUGGGAGCUCCUGGGCGAUAUCGACCGCUAGUGUUGCCUCUGAUAGGCUUGCAAUCCAGUCGUUAGGGGAAUUGAAUCCUCGUCUCUCUGAGCAGCAUCUGUUGUCUUGUAACUUCCGAGGUCAGAGGGGAUGCAGUGGGGGCUACCUCGACAGGGCUUGGUAUUAUCUACGCAAGUCAGGGUUGCUGUCUCGUGCAUGCUAUCCAUACCACAGUGGUGUUGCUGAGGACACUGUUAUGAGGAAGCUCCAGUGUCGAGUCCCGUAUGACUCUAAUCGAUGCCCCGCCUCUGGUGUGACCUCCGACCUCUACGUCAGCACGCCUCCGUAUCGCAUUGCUGCCAGGGAAGCAGAAAUCAUGACUGAGAUUUACCGGAAUGGUCCGGUGCAAGCUACAUUCAACGUUAAGAACGAUUUCUUUGUCUACAACCGAGGUGUGUACCGCCACGUCAAGCAGGACUUUACCGCCAGUCAAACGGACACAGGCCAGGCAGGAUGGCACUCGGUCAAGAUUGUUGGUUGGGGAGUUGACCGUUCAAUCCCGAACAAUCCCAUCAAAUAUUGGCUUUGCACAAACUCCUGGGGUCGUAACUGGGGUGAGCAGGGGAUGUUCCGAAUCAUACGAGGCGUCAAUGAAUGCGAGAUCGAAUCCUUCGUACUAGGCGUCUGGAUGCAGGUUGGCCACAACCACAUGUCUGGAUGAAACGUCGCACGAUCAUGUCACCGAUUAACUACGAAACGAGCGAUGACAGAGGUGGAAGGAAUUAAUGUUAUAAAUAUAUAUUAUUGAGAGGGUUCUUAUUGUGUUAACAUAUGGUAAUCGUGUAUCUGGCAUUAGAAACGAAUUAUUAUGAUUUACCUUAAGCUCAUUUUUUAGUCCGAAACAUGUAAAUGGUGUAGGCCGUAGAGGAGGCUCCAGGGUAACUUGAAAGGGGCAGGGGAAGACACCCCCCCCCAAAAAAAAAAGGAGGAAAAAAAAUCCAUAAUCUUCUUUCCGCAGUUAAUUACAGGGUUGAUUGAGUUACUCGACCAAGUCCCUUCUUUGUGACACCCUAUACACUAACAAAAAUAGGUUCAACUUUGCAAACUGGGCGCACUUUUAAGGUGCAACUUUGAACCUUUUUGGAAAGGUGCAACUUUGCACCUUUCUAAAAGGUGCACAUUAGGGAAAGAGUUCCAUAGUACCCAACCCCAAAACCCCAAAAUAUUGUCGAGACUUCCGGUUUGUUCACUUCAGAUUUUUUAAAGGGAUGGUCCGGGCUGAAAAUAUUUAUAUCUAAAUAAAUAGAGUAAAAUUCACAAAGCAAAAUGCUGAAAAUUUCAUCAAAAUCAGAUAACAAAUGACGAAGUUAUUGAAUUUUAAAGUUUAUCAAUAUUUUGUGAAAACAGUAAUAUGCACAUGGUCAUGAAUAUUCAUUACGUGGGUUGAUGAUGUCACAUCCCCACUUUUCCUUUUCUUAUGUUAUUACAUGAAAUCAUAAAUAUUUCAUUUUUCAUACAUGUAUAAAUGAUGUGUCUCCAUUAUGAUGAAAUAAGUUGCGGCAAUACAUAACUAAUGCACUUAAUCAGUUCCCAAUCCAAUUGUCUUAGUUUUGGGAGAAAAUAUUUGAAUAAACCUAAUUUCAUAUAAUAAAAUACAAAAGAACAAGUGGGAAUAUGACAUCAUCAGCCAACCUAAUGAAUAUUCAUAAGACAUGCCUAGAACUGUUUCACCGGAAUAAUGCAAAUCUUUAAACUUCAAUAACUUCGCUAUUUGUUAUCCGCUUUUAAUAAAAUUUUCAACAUUUUGCUUUAUGAAUUUUACUCUAUUUAUUGAGAUAUAAAUAUCUCAAGACUAGACCGUCCCUUUAAUGGAUUUUUAAGUGUUGCUUAUCUUCCUUGGGACUCGAACUCACCUCGUUGUAACUGCAGGUUUAACUUUUAGAGUAUGUUGAUUAGGAUGAAGUACGACAGCAACUUAGACUAUAGAGGGGGUUCAAACUUGCACCCUGCCGCCAGCCACGCGCCUGGGCAGGCGCGAUGGCUGGUGAAAGAUGCAACAAUGCUCGAGUAGUCGCUCUGCACCUUUCUUGUACCCCUAUUUCUUAGUUUGUUCUUCUUAUCUCCUUUUCACUAUUUUCCAAAUCACAAGAACGGUCGCCCUUGUAUCCUAUAGCACCACUCCUAAUGGAAUCCUUGGUUUAAUCAUGUUUAUGACUAGUAAUCACUUGUAAUUUAAGAAUUUAGACGUGUAAAAGCGGGUGUAAUUCGUUGUGUAUUUUCAUACAUGCAGUUUCUACCGGUAAUAGUGAAGCUGUUUUAAAUUAAGUCAUAUUAUUCAUCCUACAAAAUCAAUGAGCAAGAAAACGUUGAGUAUAUAGAUGAAAAUUGAAAAUAAAAAUUUUCUCCUUUUGUGAAGAUAUGCUUAUAUUUAUUUUCAUUCAUUUGAUAUAUUUCUGAUAUUUAUACAGGGUGGCACAUAUUGGCAGUCUUCCAUGUCGCCCCGUUAAAAAAAAGCAUAUACUGGUAAUAAAUAAUAAACAAUCAGCACAGACACAAAAAGUAUGCAAAUGUGUUAUAAGAAAACAAAAUAUUGGUAUCCUUGUGAAUUAUGUUCAUGUGAUAAUCAACUUUGACGAAUUGAAUCAAAAUUGUGAAUUUGGGUUUUGAAUUUAGAACAUAGAAUAACAUAGAAAUAAUAUCAAAUGAAUUUGAACGAAAAAAAGUACCCCAUAUUAAAAGUGAGGGGAUGAUCACCAGUCAACAUAGGAUACGAUAUCUAUAUAUAUUUACAUUUUUCUUUACAACUUUAUGCCAUUUUUACGCAUCAUAAUUAAAACAAACGCCAGUUCGACUUUGUAUUGUUUCUAAUGAACAUACGUAACAUACGUUAAAAAAAUCUAUCACUAAUAAAUAUAAUAAAUAUCAUAUAUUGAAUGAGUAAAAGUGUAUUAUAUUCUUUUAUAUGCUGCAUAUAUAUAUACACUUGUGUGACAUGUUAUAUCAAUCAUGUAUUCAUUAUACAAAAUACAUUUGACGAUUACAUCGUCUGCGUAUAUCCAUAGCUGAUUGUAUAAUAUAUACAAUGCCUACGUCUUCAUGAACGUGUGAACAGCUAAGUGGGGCUUUUGGAAAAUAAAAUGGUGCUUUCUACUG